GGAUCCCAACCAUUUUCAGAGGAUGAAACAAAUGUAGCUUUGCACUAACUUUGAAUGACAUCAGAAAAUCCAUGUUAUGCCAGUAUUACGGCAAUUAAUCUUAUCUACGUAUCGAAAUCGAUUCCAUAGAAAUCCUCGAAAAGGCGGAUUUAUAAUGGGACCUUCAACCGGUCGCCAUUAUGUCAACAAUAAGUGGCCGUUAUUUGCAUUAGCAGUGCUGGCCAUUUUUUGCUUCAACUCGGCCAGUGCACAAUUAGGCAAAACAACUCAGUGCUGGGAGUGUGAAGGCAAUGCUUGCAAUCCACUGGGACGUAAACGCGCUUGCAACUUCGAUUAUUGCGUCGAAACCUAUCAUGACGACAGCAGGACCCAGCUGUUGCGUCGAGGCUGUGGCAACUUUUAUGGCCCGGGCUGCGUGUGGGACAAUGGCGAGUACCACUGCUUCUGCAUCGGCGACCUCUGCAACCGGCGCCUCGAACGCACCAAUGAAAUGGCGCCGCCGACCUGCUUUGACCUGAUCCGCUCCUUCCUCAUGGGGCCUGGCGGACUCCUGCUGAUGGCCCUGCUCCUGGCUGCGAUUUUGGCGGCUCUGGUCGUCCUCUUCCACUCGUGUCCAGAGCCCGAGAAGCUGAAUAUGCGACAGUGUCGAGAGCGGGAAGCUGCCAAGGCCAAGGCCGCCAAAAAGUCUCUGGACGAUGGCGUGACUGAAAUUGAGUGGAGUGGAACCCCAACGGAUGCGUUGGCGCCGAAUGGAUGUUCUCAAGGCCAGUCACGAGAUCCGGAGCAACCAGCACGCAAGGGAGAAAUAGGAUUGCCUCGCUGGGCCUCUGAGGCUCUGACCCACAGGCCUCAAGAGACAACCAGCAGAAGAAGGAAUUUCCAAUUGUUCCGUGACAUGGCUCAAGUAGCGGUUGUCGUUUUAGUGGUAGAGUGCUUCUUUGGCAGCAAGGAGCGGCUUGUUGUUGGACUCGAUGACGUUCAUGUCUGCAGAGGUGGAGGUGGAAGUUGUAUUGGGAGACCGGACUGGGCUGAGAUCCUGUGCUUGUUUUGGGUGUGCUAG